GUGGCAGAAAGGCUCUGCAUUCUCAUUUGAAUCUUCCCAUAUUGUGCUGCAAUGGCGGUCCCAAGCAAUCCUACCGCCUCCCUCGCAGCUCAGGUAGAGCAUAUAGAGAAGCAGCUGGAGAAGCUGCAAGCGAGAGUGCAAAUUGCCGAAGGGAAGCUCAAUGCAGGCCAAUACGAGAUUGAAAACAAGCGCGCGUACAACGCACGAGCGGUCACAGAAACGCAAAAGCUACAAGAAGAGAUAGAGGCUAAUGGGGUGAAAGACGCAGUAGAACAGCUGCUUCCUUUGGUCAGGCGCAAGGCCAGCCUUGCAGCAGAAGAGAAAGCGUUUAAGGCUUCCUGCAAAGCAAAGAGGGUGCAAUUGGAGCAUGAGAUUGAGGACCUGAAAGUGAACCCCCCAGAGCCAGAGGCGGACAGCCGCAGUCAGGAACUAGAGGCGGCUUGGAAAGCUGCUGUUGCAGAAAGAGACGAACUGAAAAAGGAACUUGGCAAGAAGCUGCGGGGCAUCUUGCUCCUUGAGCGGAAGUUGGACGAGAUUCCGUCAGGUUUGGAGCUGAUGCAGUACGAGAAGCGCUUCGUGGAGCUAUACGAACAGGAACAGGGAAAGCUCCAGGAGACACGGCGCUUUUACAACACGUACAAUUCGCUCACGGACGUCGGCAAGUUCACGCAAAAAGAGACGUCUCUACUGAACUCCAUAGAAGGCCAGUUUGAUCAGGCCAUCUCCUUCCCUGCGGGGCGCACCAAGCUCGUCGAGUCAAUGGAGGGGAUUGCGGCGAGCGUGAAGCAGACGCUUUCCAAGGCGACUCAGAGGCUGGACGAGGACCGGCGGUCGUUGACGGCGCUGCAGGCGCAGCACGCGCAGCUGCUGGACGCAGAGAGACUGUACCACACACGCGUCAGAGAGUUUCAGGUUGCUUGUGACCGGAACGAAGAACUAAAGAAACAGGUAACCACGAGGCCUGAACAAGUAACGUAAUCAGAGGGGCAAACAACCUUGCAUCGCUGCUGUUGAGAAGGUUUCGAAGAGGGUCGCAAUGGUACCACAUGAUCGUCGUACAAUUCAAUUGCGGAAGGGCUUUAUCCCAACCAGCUCUCUCCGACUUGGCCCCCCAUGGAUAAUGGCUGGCAAACGUAAACUGCAUGCGUGCCAAUCGU